UUGAGCUCAAGCGGGAGGGGUGGCACACCCUCAGGAAGGGGAUGGGUCUGGGGGCCUCAGAGGGAGCGGCUCACCACGAUAAGGGCCCCCCAAGACCCAGGAGGGUGUGAGGUCUCACUUAAAUCUCUGUCCCCCCAGAACUUCCCUCGCACAGACCCGGGGCCAGAGGGCUCAGAGGGCAGGGAGGCCGAGGUGGCGGGUGCCUCCCACGGGGGUCCCUCACGCACCUCGCUUCUCAGGGAGGCCCUUCAGGCCUGCGCUUCUCCUAGUUGUCAGGAGGGGAGUGGGUUGUGGGAUUGAGGGAGGCCUGGGAACCAUGGGGCUUGCAGGGUCUGUUCCAGCCUCCCUCAGCUCCCAGGCCCCCUGAGCCCGCCCUCAGGGCUGGCCUGCUGAUCCUGCGCAUUCCUCCCAUCCCGGGCGCUCAGCCACAUUUCUGGAGCAGAAACUUGGCUUGUGGGGUGGCGGAUGGUGGGGUCACUCUCCACCUCCUCAUACUUCAGACCUCUGCCCUUCAGGAAGGCCGAGGGGGCCCCAGCACCGAGCACUGAGUGUGGGACAGGGCUCCCAGCGGUCUGAGGACCCUCCAGGGCUUGUGUGGUGUGGCCGUCGGCAGGUGCACGUGCUAUCCAGGAUAUGCAUGUGCAGGGGCCCCCAGAACGGGCGUCAGCGCGUCAGGCUUUGGUGCUUUGGUGGUCUUGCUGCAGUGAAGGCUUUGCUGUCCUUCUGUCCUCAGGGCUGUCUGGGCCCCAGACGGCCGGCAGCUCCGUAGUGUCCGAGUCAGCCGUGAGCUGGGCGGCCGGCGCCCGGGCCAUGCUGCGCUGCCAGAGCCCGCGCAUGGUGUGGACCCAGGACCGGCUGCACGACCGCCAGCGCGUGAUCCACUGGGACCUCAGCGACGGCCCGGCCGGCGGCUCGCCGCGCCGACUCGUGGACAUGUACUCGGCGGGCGAGCAGCGCGUGUACGAGACGCGCGACCGCGACCGCCUCCUGCUGCCACCCUCCGCCUUCCACGACGGCAACUUCUCGCUGCUCAUCCGCGCGGUGGAGGAGACAGACGAGGGCCUGUACACCUGUAACCUGCACCACCACUACUGCCACCUCUACGAAAGCCUGGCCGUCCGCCUCGAGGUCACCGACAACCCCCGGGCCGCUGGCGCGCACUGGGACGGCGAGAAGGAGGUGCUGGUGGCGGAGCGCGGCGCGCCCGCGCUGCUGACGUGCGUGAACCGCGCGCACGUGUGGACCGACCGGCACCUGGAGGAGGCGCAGCAGGUGGUGCACUGGGACCGGCAGCCGCCUGGGGUGCCGCACGACCGCGCAGACCGCCUGCUCGACCUGUACGCGUCGGGAGAGCGCCGCGCCUACGGGCCGCCCUUCCUGCGCGACCGCGUGGCGGUGGCGUCGGACGCCUUUGCGCGCGGCGACUUCUCGCUGCGCAUCGACCCGCUGGAGCCGGCCGACGAGGGCACGUACUCCUGCCACCUGCACCACCACUACUGUGGCCUGCACGAGCGCCGCGUCUUCCACCUGAGGGUGACCGAGCCCGCCGCAGAGCCGCCCCCGCGGGACUCGCCGGGCAACGGCUCCAGCCACAGCGGCGCCCCCAGGCCAGAUCCCACGCUGGCGCGCGGCCGCAGCGUCAUCAACGUCAUCGUCCCCGAGGGCCGGGCCCACUUCUUCCAGCAGCUGGGCUAUGUGCUGGCCACUCUGCUGCUCUUCAUCUUGCUGCUGAUCACUGUCAUCUUGGCCACCCGUCAGCGCCGCCGCGGAGGCUACGAAUACUCGGUCAAGAAGUCGGGGAAGUCAAAGGGGAAGGACGUGAACAUGGUGGAGUUUGCUGUGGCCACAGGAGACCAGGUUCUUUACAGGAGUGAGGACAUCCAACUAGAUUACAAAAACAACAUCCUGAAGGAGAGGGCUGGGCUGGCCCACGGCCCUGUGCCCGCCAAGUACGUGGACUUGGACAAAGAGUUCAGGAAGGAGUACUGCAAAUAAGGUGAUCCUGGGCUCCUGGCUGGGCCAGCAGCUCUGCCAUCUCCUGUCUGUCUGUCUUGGAGGACGUCCUCCUGAUCCUCAUGCAGCUCACCCGGCCCCCCUUCCAGCGGCUGGUCCCGCUGUCCUGGAACUUGGCCUGGACUGGUGCAGAGUGAGGCUGCCUCCAGACCCCUCUCCCAGGAGCACCCUAACCCUCACGAGCAGCAGUGGGCUCCUUGGGACUCUGCAGGCUGUGGCUGCGCCCCUUCAGCAGCCCUGGGCAUGUGCCCACUGGCUCCCAUGCUCGCUGGUGUCCUGGUGUACCCCCCACACUGCACAGCAAGACCCCUCUGAUGUUCACCAAGCCCUCAGGCUCUCCUGGCCUCUGUCUUGGAGGGGGCUCAGCUGGGACUCGGAGCUGUGGUCAGCCUCAGGGUUGGCACUCCCACCCCUUCCUUGGGGGAGCUGCCUGCUGGCUCCCCGUGCGCUACCCAGCCAGGCUGCCGUGGGGACCUGAGGACUGCGCACUCCAGGCCCCACUGAUGCCCCUGUGCGCUGCAUCAGGCCACCUGGGGCUGCCAUGGGUCCCUUCUCUGCUUCCCUCUGCUCCAGCCUUGUUUCCGACCAGCUGCCUUGACAGUCACUGGGCUCCAUGUGACUUUAGACCCUGACCCCCCUCCCACGGCCCCUCGCUGGGCUGGAGUCUGGCUCUGAGGCCUCAUUUGGCUUCUGUUUUGGCUAAAGACAGGGGCGGGGGUGAAGAGGGUUCUAGAGUGGCCUGUGCUGCCACUCCCGACACCCUACGUUUGCUCCUCCUGGGAAACUGCCGCCAUUGCAAUAAAGACCACAUUUGAUUUUUA